AUGUCAACAACAGAGAACACAACAACUGCUAUCGUUCAUGAAGCUAUAAAUGAAGAAUAUGAGUGGGUUCAGUUUAACAAACAACUCCGUCUCAUUCGUUCGGUCAAAGACGAUAUGUACCAAAUGCAAAGUAUUUUGAAUGCUCUUCGUUCUACAAAGCAAGCAUAUCAUUGGUUUGAAAACCAACAGACAAAAGAACUUUUAGAAGAAUUUCCUCAUAUGUUUGCUUCCCUCGGAAAACCGAGGGAAGAGAUUCCAUUCGAAAAUCGCAAGAAUUUGGCUCCUUGUUUGAAAGGAUAUUAUGUUCAUAGACUUCUUGUAAAUGCUGUGGCACAAUGGGCUUCAGCUCGCUAUUCAUGGUAUGUUUGUAAACUUCUUGACGAAAUUCAUAGACAAGAACGUGAAGAGCUAGAGAACAAGCUUGAAGCAAAAGACAAAAGCAUUCAGAAAAGAAUACCACGUUCGGUACCAAAAGGAAAGGAAAAGAACUAUAAGUAUAUGAUUUAUACUGAAGAGAUGGAAAAUGAAGAAGAUAAAGAUAUGGUUAUGUUGCAUUUAGUCAGAAGAAACAACAAAAGCUUUUACGACCUUGCUAAGAUUUACAAAUCUGACAGAAAUUGGUUCUAUCGCGAAAACUUACCGAUUUCAAUGACCCCAAAUGAAGAUGUGAAACAAAUAGUUCAAGAUACGUUACCUCAAACACACUAUGAUAUGAAAGGUUGUACAAUUUUUACCUUCAAAGAAGACUUACCGCUACUGAAAGAAAAAAUAACAGAGUAUUUUGACAACUUCAAACAAGCAGAGUAA